AUGUUCUUCAACGAUUUAAAGAGUUGGGCCCAUGUGGUUUGUGCACUUUAUAUUCCAGAGGUGCAGUUUGCAAAUGUUACUACAAUGGAACCUAUUGUACUACAGUACGUUCCUCAUGAACGCUUCAACAAGACUUGCUACAUCUGUGAGGAACAAGGCCGUGAGAGCAAAGCAGCAACUGGUGCUUGUAUGACUUGUAAUAAACAUGGAUGUCGACAGGCUUUCCAUGUGACUUGUGCACAGCUGGCAGGACUUCUGUGUGAAGAAGAAGGUUCAGAAGCUGAUAAUGUUAAAUACUGUGGCUACUGCAAAUAUCAUUUUGGCAAGUUGAAACAGAAGGACAGGGACAAAUACAGGCAACAAAAAAUCAAGAAAUCUUUGGACUUGUCAUCUACAGUUCCAUCUCUCACUGUGACAACUGAAAAGACUUAUACAAGCAGUAGCAGUGGGUUUAUAUCGGGAUCCUUGAAGAGACUGGAAGAAACUACUGCUCGAUUUACAAAUGCAAAUUUCCAGGAAGUAUCAACUCAUCCUUCAAGUGGGAGUGAAAAUGCUGAGGUUAAAGGGAAGAAGUCAGGAGGACACAGUUCCAGUCAGAGGGGAAGGAAACCAGGUGUUGGAAAAAAUUCGACUUGUUCUUCUGUUCCAACAGGAUCUACAAGCCCUUUUCCACAAGGCAAUCUAGUAGGAACCGUAUCCAGUAUAAAAUCAUCUGGCAGUUCAGCCCAAUCACCGCAAGAGUUUCAAACUUUCACUGAAUCAGAUACAAGAAGUGACGGUUACAGCAACGCUCAACAAUCCUCAAUCAGAGAGACAACUAAAGGUGAAAGUCUUGACCAAGAAGGGACUUUGAUUUGUACUAGUCCUGUGCUGACCCUUCCACCAACGUCAUCCGGCCCUCCUGAAACAAUAAACAUCGAACAUUCAAAACGCACUGAGAGUAGUUGUGAAGAAAAAGAUAUCUCUGAUGUUACAACUGUUACUUCAAGUGGUGUAUCAGGGUAUAAAAGAGCUCAAGUCGAGGAGGAAGAGACAAUAAAAGAAAAAAAGAGAAAGGGAAAUAAAAAGUACAAGCAUGGACCUGGCAGACCAAAAGGAAGUAAAAAUAAGGAUAACGUUUCUCAGCUUUCUCUCUCAUCUGCAUCACCAUCAUCAUCAGUUACAUCUGCUGCAGGCAGUAUGGCAAGUGUAAGUCUGCAGAAAUCUCCAUCCUUACUCCGAAAUGGAAGUUUACAGAAUCUUAGUGUCAGCUCAUCUCCAGCUGGUUCAGAUUCCAUAAGCGUGAAACAGACUAAUUGUAUUUCUUCUAAAUUUGGAAAUCCUAACAUUUCGAACAGAUCUCCUGCAAGUUUACAAAUUCGUUAUGAUCAAUCAAAUAACAGUGUCUUGGAGAAUCUGCCGCCAGUUGCGUCGAGCAUAGAACAGUUAUUGGAGAGGCAAUGGAGUGAAGGGCAACAGUUUCUUUUGGAACAGGGCACGCCUGGAGAAGGGUUCAUUAAAACACAGGAUUCCCUGAUGCCUCCAAUAAUUAUUGGUGAUUUCCAAUGA